AUGGCAGACCCUAAAUAUGCCGACCUUCCUGGCAUUGCCAGGAACGAGCCAAAUGUUUAUGAAACCUGCGAUCUGCCUGAGGAUGAUCAAGCAGAGUUUGACGUGGAGGAGCUGACUAGUACGAGUGUGGAGCACAUCAUUGUCAAUUCCAAUGCUGCCUAUGACAAGUUUAAAGACAAGAAAGUGGGGACAAGGGGACUUGAUUUCUCAUAUUGCAUUGGAAAAACCAAGAGGACAGGCUAUGAAAUGCUUGGAGAGGGUCUGGGAGUAAAGGAGACACCCCAGCAAAAGUACCAACGACUUCUACAUGAGGUCCAAGAGCUAACAACUGAGGUUGAGAAAAUCAAGACAACAGUGAAGGAGUCAGUCACUGAAGAGAAGCUCACCCCUGUGGUGCUGGCUAAACAGUUGGCAUCCCUGAAGCAGCAGCUGGUGGCUUCCCACCUGGAGAAGCUGCUGGGACUGGAUGCAGCCAUCAACCUCACUGACCCAGAUGGAGCUCUGGCUAAGCGUUUAUUGCUGCAGCUGGAAGCAACAAAGAACAGCAAAGGGGCUGUUUUAGGGGGCAAGACCGCCAGUGGAUCCACCCCAGAUAGCAGCCUUGUCACACUUAGAUACUAG